AUGUCUAUGUAUAAGUUGAAUGGGAUGAAUAUGACACACUCUACUGGAUCCUUCUUGAAUAGUGCGCCAGUAGAGUUGACUAGUAUUAAGGGGUAUCAAGAUUUCAUUGCUAAGCAAAAGAAGUUGAAGAACCAAGUGACCACUCAGUUGAGUGAGGAUAAGAGUGUUGGUUACGUGUUGAACGAUUCCGAGGUGCUUGCUACCGUUUCUGGUGAAGCCAAGGAUUAUCUUUUGGCACUAAGUGGUGAGAAUUAG